AUGGCUGUUCACGCUCUUCCUCAACAAUCAACGGCAUCUGCGAUUCAACUCGAUGGCUCAAAUGAAACACGAGAAACGCAUAGCCUGCAGACUCUCGCAUUAAGUCCUAAAGAAGACAACAGCGAGGUUCGUGAGAACUAUCGACCAUUUAUUCUUUCCGAAGAUGCCGCCGAAGACUGGGUGGAGAGCCUCGAGCUAACCACUGCUCUAAAACUGGCUGAAAGUAACCUCCGACUCACCAACCAGAGGUUAAAGGUGCUUGUACUUUACGGCAGUCUUCGCUCGAGGUCAUAUUCCCGUCUCGUGGCCUUUGAAGCUUCACGAAUUCUUUUCCGUCUCGGCUGUGACGUGCGCGUCUUCGAUCCUGAAGGUCUUCCAGUCAAGAAUGACAGGGAUCAUAACCAUGCCAAAGUCCAGGAGCUCAGAGAACUCAGUAAUUGGAGUGAUGGACAUCUUUGGGUUUCCCCCGAGCAGCAUGGAAACUUGACCGCAGUGUUCAAGAACCAGAUUGAUUGGAUCCCCUUAAGCACUGGAAGCGUCCGUCCAACUCAAGGCCGCACACUUGCCAUCGCUCAAGUCUGCGGCGGAUCUCAAUCUUUCAACGCAGUCAACUCCUUGCGUAUUCUCGGCCGGUGGAUGCGCAUGUUUACUAUCCCAAACCAAUCCUCCAUCCCACAGGCCUACACUCAUUUCCCGGAUGAAGGCCAACCGGGAGAUCAAAGGCUCAAGCCUAGUGGGAAUCGGGAUCGUCUGGUUGAUUGCAUGGAGGAGUUUGUCAAAUAUACCAUUUUGAUGCGACCGCAUCUUCAGCUUUUCGGUGAUCGUUUCAGCGAAAGGGAGGAGAGAAGGAUUAAGGCUGCAAAGGCGCAAGCUAACGCUGCCAUUUGA